AUGCCAAAGAGAAACUCCAGAAGAAACAACAAAGGGAAAAACUUCACCAGACAAAACACUGGCAAUGACAAUCCAACAUGGAAGGAAGUAGUCAGAGAAAAUGAAGUAUGGGAAGAGUACUACAAAGCGAUGAAUAUCAUUCCCGACAAUGAGUGGAGUGACUUCAAAAAGGCUUGUCAAUCAAACCUUCCAAUGACUUUCAGAAUUACAGGAAGCAGAAAGCAUGCAGAGGAAAUUAGAAAUAUUUUCAUCGAUAGGCACUAUAACAACUUACGAGGAAAGGAAUAUGAAGGAGUGGACUUGACCCCUAAAAACAUUGAAUUUUAUCCUGACAAAUUAGGUUGGCAAAUAGAUGUUAGUAAACAAGUUAUCAAGAAGCAGAAAGAUUUCGCCAAAACACAGAGAUUCUUGGUUGUGGAAACAGAAGUGGGUAACAUCAGUCGACAAGAGGCAGUUUCUAUGAUACCGCCUUUGCUUAUGGAUGUUAAACCUGAGCAUUAUGUGUUAGAUAUGUGUGCUGCACCUGGGUCAAAGACUGCCCAAUUAGUUGAGGCUUUGCAUGCUAACGAUGAGAAACAAUUGCCUACGGGAUUCGUAUUGGCAAAUGAUUCGGAUUACAAAAGAAGUCAUAUGUUAGUUCAUCAAGUUAAGCGAUUAAACUCACCAAAUUUUCUAGUCGUCAACCAUGACGCUCAAUUGUUUCCUCGCCUCAGGUUGAAUGGUCAUAAAGAGUACUUGAAAUUUGACAGAAUACUUUGUGAUGUACCUUGUUCUGGUGAUGGUACAAUGAGGAAAAAUAUUAACAUUUGGAAAGAUUUUAGAACAGGUAACGCAAUUGGAUUGCAUCCGUUACAGUACAAGAUUUUGAACAGAGGAUUGCAAUUGUUGAAAAAAGGUGGAAGGCUUGUCUAUUCAACUUGUUCAUUAUCGCCAAUUGAAAAUGAGGCUGUCGUUGCUGAAGCAUUGAGAGAGUGGGGAGACAAGAUAAAACUUGUUGAUGUAUCAAAUGAACUUCCUGGUUUGAAAAGACGUCCUGGUAUUUCUACUUGGCCAGUUUUCGGAAAAGACAUGAAGCUCAAGGAAAAGGGGGAAGAUGGACUAGUUGAUUCGUUAUUCCCGCCAACGAAGGAAGAGGAGGAAGCCUUUGGUUUGGACAAAUGUGUAAGGGUUUAUCCUCAUUUGCAAAACACAGGUGGGUUUUUUAUUACCGUGUUUGAGAAGAACGAUCCAGAAACAAACAAGAGGCAAGCUGAGGAGUCCGAUGAGGAAGAGCAAGAGGCGAAAAGACAAAAGACCGAAUUAUCGAGUGAGAAAAAAGAGGAGAACUCUGAUCCCAGUGUGGGAGAGAAUUCCGAGGAGCAUGUCCCUGUUGCAGCUGCAUCAAAACCAGUGGAAAAGAAACUGCGAUUACCUCGAGAUGCAAAUGAGGAGCCAUUUGUUUUUCUUGAUCCCAACAACGAAGAGUUGGCAAAGUGCUAUCCAUUUUAUGAUUUCUCAAAUGCUUUUUCCGAUGACUGUGCUCUAGUGAGAAAUGCAACUGGUGAACCUUUGAGAACGAUAUAUUAUGUCUCCCCCAUAAUCAAAGAAAUUCUUACCGCGGACGAUCAAAAGUUGAAGUUGGUACAUGGUGGUAUCAAGUUAUUUGUUGCCCAAAGGAAUGAUGUCGGAAUUUGUCCAUGGAGAGUUCAAACUGAAGCUUUGCACACAAUUGAGCAUUUUAUUGGAACAAAAAGACACUUGACAUGUAAUUUGGAACUCUUGAAAUAUUUGUUUGUCAAUGCUUUCCCCAAAGUGGAAGACUUGAAGCAGUCCAGUUUAGACGAGGAGUUUUCCAAAAAGUUGGAUGGUUUGGAGGAAGGUUGUUUAUUUUUGACUGUCAAGCGUGGUGAUGGUUUAGAAGACUUGUUUUUGCCUCUUUGGAAGGGAAGAUCGAAUGUCAAUUUGAUGGUGAGUAAAAAGGAUACCCACGAGUUGCUUUAUCGUGUUUUUGAUAUUGAGACUAAUGCAAAGGAUGAGGGUAAAGAAAGGAUCUAUCAAGAGAAAGUAGAGGCUGCUAAGAAGGCAAGAGCAGAAAAUAUGACCCCAUCGAUUGAGCCAGAAGUGUGUGAGCAAAAUAUAAUUGAGCCAGUGUCACUGAAAGGAGAAAGUGCGGAAGGAGCAGAGACUGAGAAGUAG